ACAACUACGCCGACAACAACUACGCCUACAACUACAACUACGCCGACAACAACUACGCCUACAACUACAACUACGCCUACAACUACAUCUACACCGACAACAACUACGCCUACAACUACAACUACGCCGACAACAACUACGCCUACAACUACAACUACGCCGACAACUACAACUACGCCGACAACGACUACAACACCUACUACAACUACAACACCUACGACAACCACAACACCUACGACAACCACAACACCUACGACAACCACAACAACUACAACAUCUACGACAACUACAACACCUACAACAACUACAACACCUACAACAACUACAACCACCACAACAACAACGACAACACCAUCCACGACCACACAUCGAGGUCCCAAACGACCUCCAAAACCAGCAACUGAUACCCAUGAAGACCGUCCAAAUUAAUUUAACAAUAGUUUUGUACCAAAAAAAAAUGGUAAACAAUAUACCUAGGUAUAUUUGGAGUUGGGCAUAGUUUUUACAUCCUCCUACGUUUUGUUUAUUCUGUUAUGGAAGCUGAAUAGCUUUGUGAUA